AUGCACCAGGACAGCCCGCGUUAUGUGGUCGACAGGCCGGCGUACAACCUGCCAGACUUCGACAGGGAGUUUGACAGGAAGAGCAGGCAGUUCCCUGUUGGAGAAAAAGUAAAGAAACUCUUCAGAUGCUCUGUCCCGAGACUGAAGGGACUGUUACUCAGACAUCUGCCUGUACUGAGCUGGCUGCCCAAGUACAAAGCAAAAGACAACCUGCUGUGUGAUGUCAUCAGUGGGGUCAGCGCUGGCACCAUUCAGGUUCCCCAAGGCAUGGCGUUUGCCCUCCUGGCAAAUCUCCCCCCUGUCAACGGCCUCUAUUCUUCCUUCUUUCCCCUCAUCCCAUAUUUCUUCAUGGGCACUGCUCACCAGAUGGUCCCAGGUACUUUCGCUGUCCUCAGCAUUAUGGUGGGAAUCGUUUGUCUUAAGCUCGCCCCGGAGUCUGACUUCAGCCAUUUCAACGCCACUCUUAAUGCGACAAUAGUGGACACAGACAGGAUGAAUGAAGUUCGCCUGGGAAUAUCUGGAACUCUGGCCUGUCUCACUGCAAUCAUACAGAUUGGUCUUGGCUUCAUGCAGUUCGGGUUUGUUGCCAUCUAUUUGUCAGAGUCGUUCAUCAGAGGCUUCAUGACUGCUGCCGGACUGCAGAUCCUCAUCUCGGUGCUUAAGUACAUCUUUGGCAUCAAAGUGCCACCUUAUAGUGGUCCGCUGGCUGUUGUAUAUACUCUUGCAGAUAUUAUAGUCGGCCUUCCCGAUACCAACAUAGCGUCGUUAGUGUUUGCUCUGGUUUGUGGCACAGUUCUUAUCCUCGUGAAGGAGCUGAGUGCACGUUACCGCCACAAAGUGCCCUUCCCCAUUCCUAUGGAAAUCAUUAUUGUGGUGGUCGCAACAGCCAUCUCCGGCCCACUGCAUCUUCCUGAGACCUAUCACAUGGACAUAGUGGGAAAAAUCCCUUUGGGGUUCCCAGCACCAAUCCUGCCAACAGUGAGUCAGUGGGAAGACAUGCUGAGCGUCGCUUUCUCCCUGGCAAUAGUGGGCUAUGUCAUCAACUUGGCUAUGGGCAGGACACUGGCAGCCAAGCACGGCUAUGAUGUGGAUCCCAACCAGGAAAUGUUGGCUCUCGGUUGCAGUAAUUUUCUCGGGUCCUUCUUUAAGAUCCAUGUGAUCUGCUGCGCUCUGUCUGUAACUCUGGCUGUGGACAACGCCGGGGGAACAUCACAGUUUGCAAGUCUAUGUGUGUUGCUGGUUGUCAUGGUUACCAUGCUUACAUUGGGAGCGUACCUGAAACCACUGCCAAAAUCUGUGCUUGGAGCUUUAAUUGCAGUCAACCUCAAAAACACACUCCUACAACUGUCUGAUCCUUAUUACUUAUGGAAGAAGAGCAAAUUAGACUGUUUUGUAUGGAUUGUGACAUUUUUGGCCACAUUUUUUCUUAGCUUGCCUUAUGGAGUCGUGAUCGGGGUGGGUUUUUCCAUCCUGGUCGUGAUAUUCAAGACACAGUUUCGUAAUGGUUCGGCAAUGGGUCCGAUUUUGGACAUGGAUAUCUACAAAAACCCAAAAGUUUACAAUAAGGUCAUGCCAGUAACAGGUGUGAAGAUAGUGAACUACUGUUCACCACUCUAUUUUGCAAAUGCUGAAAUAUUUCGACAACGGGUCAUCAAAAAGACUGGACUUGACCCUGGGAAACUUCUGCUUAUCAGGCGGAAGUUUCUAGCGAAGGAAAAUGCAAAAGAGGAGAAGAAGGACAAAGUGGCGAAAAGGAGGACGCGCAGCUCUUUGGCUAACAUGAAGACCAUAUCUCAGCUUGACCUGCAAAAUGACUUUGAUGUGAAUGAGGGCAGUGCCAGCAAACCUGAACCUCCCACCAGCUAUGUCAACUUCCAGUGCAGUGACAUUGAGCUGAGUGAGCAGGCGUCUGAGCAGCGGCCACCCAGUCCUGCUGAGGUCACGCUGAAGUCCCAGCCCGUGCCCUUUCACACCCUAAUCCUCGACUUGGCUGGAGUCUGCUUCAUUGAUCUAAUGGGCAUCAAAGUACUGAUAAAGAUGAACUCCAGCUAUGCGAUGUUGGGCAUUAAGUUAUACCUGGCUGGUGUUCAAGCCCAGGUGUAUGAGGAACUGGAGGCUGGUGGAGCUUUUGAUAACGACAAUAUUGCCCGCAGUAAUCUCUUCCUUUCUGUUCAUGACGCCGUUCUGUUUGCUCAACGCUACUCUGAAGAGAAGCGAGACUCCCAGAAGGUGGAGAAAACAGGACAGGAACUUAACUUUCAUAUGAAUGAGGAGAUGGAUUUGGAACAGGAAAUGUUUUGAGCGCCGAUUGUUGUGGCAGACAUGAGCGGCAGAAACACUCCCCAAAAAAAAAAAAAUGCAACACUAAUCUUCACUGUCACUGUAAUUUAUGUAAAUCUAUGUUAUUGCCAAA